AUGGUCCAUUGCUUGACCCUAGGCUGGAAAGCCUCGUAUCUCUUUUUGAUCGUCCUAUAUUCAUGUCUUUUUGCUACUCUUUUCAGGUCUUCCGAGCGGCCCAUACCACCAUCCAACAACUUAUUUGAAGACAGUGACAAUUACGAUACCAAUCUCUCUCACUUUGUCCGCCGUGAUGGUGGAAGCCCCUGUACUAAAGAAAAACCAUGCUCUAAUGGCGCAUGCUGUGGGCCUUUCUAUGGAACGAGAACAGGCACUUGUGGCUACGGCGAAACAUUCUGUGGUACAGACUGCACGUCCAACUGUGAUGCAAAACCUACCUGCGGAAAAGACGCGAAUCCUGUGGGCAAGACAUGUCCUUUGAAUGUCUGCUGCUCCGAGUUUGGCUUUUGUGAAUCAACAGAUCAGUUCUGUGAUGUGAAUUUUGGUUGUCAAAGCAACUGUGGCCACCCUGAUCCACCUCCUGGGAAGGCUGACAAGUCUGUCCUAAAGAGCAAGGUCAUCGGAUAUUACGAGUCAUGGUAUGCCCUAAAGGAUUGCCACCAAUUCCCUCCGUCUGCUGUUCCAGUAGAAGGCCUCACACACGUCAACUUUGCGUUUGCAUAUGUAGACCCAAACUCUUACGAUGUUGGGCCCAUGAGCUCAGACACCCCUGCUGAGCUCUUUACACAGACAGCUGUUGUGCGGACACUCAAGUCUGGCAACGGAGAUCUAGAGGUGUUUGUAUCCAUUGGUGGAUGGAUCUUCUCAGACAACAAGACAGAGACACAACCUGUGUUUGGCGAUAUCGCUUCAUGUGAGUACUCCCAGGCCAUCUAUCCAUCAUUGACUAAUUUCAGUAAAGCACCCCCAAAACGGCAGAUAUUUGCGAAAAACCUCGUGAAAUUUAUGCAACACUACGGCUUCGAUGGCGUGGACAUUGAUUUCGAGUAUCCCGGUGCUAGUGAUCGUGGUGGAAAGGAGGAAGACGUGGAGAACUAUGUGAAGCUCUUUGAAACACCCCGGCAUACCUUUGACGCUUCGGAAAAAGGUAAUUAUGGCCUGUCAUUUACCAUACCUUCUUCAUACUGGUAUCUGAGAUGGUUUGAUUUCAAGGGAAUGAUGAAACAUGCCGACUGGGUGAAUCUGAUGAGCUAUGAUCUUUAUGGAGUCUGGGACCGCGAUGAUCCUAUUGGAAGUAUUGUUCUCGCACACACGAAUUUGACUGAAAUAAAGGAGGCUGCUGAACUGCUCUGGCGUAACAAUGUGCCCCCUGAAAAGGUCGUGCUGGGAUUGGGAUUCUACGACCGCUCAUUUCAGUUAAAAGACAAGAAGUGCUCGGAUGCUGGGUGUGCCUUUGCAGGAGCAGCCAACAAAGGAUCCUGCACCGAUAACGCUGGCACGCUGGCCUACUUUGAGAUUCAAGACAUCAUCAGAGAUCAGAAGCCUAAGAUUAUCCACGACAAGGAAGCCGCAGUCAACUACAUUGUAUUUGACGAUGAUCAAUGGGUCAGCUUUGACAACAAUGAGACCUUCAAACAGAAAGUCGACUGGGCCGAUUCUGUUGGCCUGAGAGGAGUCAUGAUAUGGUCUAUUGAUCAGGAUGACAAUGACUUCUCUGCUCUGACAGAUCUGCUGGGCCGAAGUCCUGGUGACUUUUGA